AUGGCGGCGGAGGUGGAUUUUGGGGAUUUAGAGCUGUUCGAGGCGUUUGACCACCCAGAGGAAUCGCUCCCAAAGCCCGUUCACACGCGCUUCAAGGACGGCGACGGCGACGAGGAGGACGAGGACGGGGUUGGCGACGCGGGGCCGCGGGAGAGGCUCCGGCAGUGCGAGGAGGCCAUCGAGCGGCUCCGCGCCGAGAAUAUCCUUCCUUCCCGCCGCCGGGCCGCGGCGCCCGGGCGUGCGGUGGGCGCCGUGCCCCUCGGGGCGCGGGCAGCAACCCCGCGGGGCAGGAACUCGGGGUACAUUUGUCUCGCCCCCGACGGCGGGCUGCGGAGCGGGGGUUCGGGCUGCGGAAGCCGCCCCGGGGGCCUCGGCGCCGGCCCCUCGGCGACCCGCUUCCGGACUCGUUUCCCCGGUCACCACCGGCCUGGGGCCGGCGUUUAG